AUGGGCGUUCUCUCACCCUCCGGGGCCCCCUCCUCCGUCGCCACCUCAUCUGCCCCUCCCAUCGGGGCAAUCUCCUCCGUCGCCACCUCAUUCGUCCUCCCAUCGGUGCCUCCCCCUCCGUCGCCACCUCCUUCGCCCCUCCCAUCGGGGCCUCCCCCUCUUUCGCCACCUCCUCCGUCUCUCCCAUCGGUGCCUCUCCCCCCAUCGCCCCCCCUCGGGGCCACCCUAUCCCCCUCCAUAGACAAUCAGAAUGACUCUAAUGUCUCAUCAUUGACCCUCUCCGUCAACUCUCGUCGUAGCGCGCCGACCUCCUCCACUAUAAAUCCAGUCAGACGGGCAUACAAAUCAUCAGUGUGUGUCGACGAUACACGGGGGACAUGUCUGGACGAGGGAGAAGGAGAUACCCUCGGCGAAGAGUGGGAAGUUCCAGAGCACAUUCUCCUGUUUAAUGAUUUGUUGCCACCAGUAGUUGAACCGCGUGGUCUUGGACGUCCAAGUACAUCUUGA